UGUUUUUUUUUUCUUUUUUUUUUUUUUGGUGGGCGAUGAACUCUCAGAUUAUCCAUCGUCAUGAUCAUGGUGAUCAUCAACUUUACAAAAAGCCAUUUCUUUAUUUUAAUUCAGAUCCUUGGGUGUGAUUCAGAUUUGUAUAUCCAAAAGCCAUUUUGUUGCAUACAUGUGCCUCUCGUCGUCUGGCAUUUGUUCUCUUUCCUUCCCUUUCCUUCUUCCCAUAUAAAGAAAGCCUUUUUUCCUUCUUGUUGAUCAUAAAGACCUGGUUUUUCACCUAUAAACAUACGUAUAUUGACAAGACAUUUGUGGGUUCUUUGGUUUUGGAUGGAUGAUAGGAAGAGCCACACCUUCCUUCGUCGCCAGGGCAUUGAUUUGGGAUUGACAGAGGUGGAAAUCAAAUUCCGAAGGGAUAAAUUCAGAUGAUUGUGUGUUUCCGGGUUGCAUUGCAUAAACAUACAUAAGUCUGUAGAGCUUGAAAAUGCGAUUGUUGAUCUGGGUUUUUGAGGGGAAGAAGAAGAGACUUAGUAGCUUGUACUAUUGAUUAGCUUUAGAGGGGUUUUCUUUCUGGGAACCAAAUAACCAUGGAUUCAGCGGCAGCGCCUCAGGCCGCUGCCCGGAGAAAGAUGACAAAGCAGUUAACCGGGAAGAGAGAUGACACCCCCCUGCACUCUGCAGUGAGAGCCGGGCAGCUUCGCGCUGCAAUGCAGAUCAUAGGCAGUGCAAAAGGAGAAGAAAAACUGGAAGAGCUACUGCUGAAGCCAAACCAGGCUGGGGAAACGGCCCUUUAUGUUGCGGCCGAAUAUGGAUAUGUCGAAUUAGUUUGGGAGAUGAUCAAGUAUUAUGAUCUUGUGGCAGCCAGUGUCAAGGCUAGGAAUGGUUUUGAUGCCCUGCACAUUGCUGCCAAACAAGGAGAUUUGGAGGUAGUGAAAGUACUAAUGGAGGCUCAUCCCGAGCUCUCGAUGACUGUCGAUAUGACAAACACCACAGCUUUGCACACGGCUGCAACGCAAGGGCACUUUGAGGUGGUGAAUUUUUUCUUGGAGUCAGAGAGCAGCUUGGCUACAAUAGCCAGGAGUAACGGGAAAACCGCGCUGCAUUCUGCAGCGAGGAACGGGCAUUUGGAGGUGGUGAAGGCCCUCCUCAGUAAGGAGCCCGAGAUCGCCACAAGGACUGACAAGAAGGGGCAGACCGCGCUUCACAUGGCGGUGAAGGGGCUGAGCCAUCAAGUGGUGCAGGAGCUGAUCAAGGCAGACCCUUGUUUGGUAAACAUGGUUGAUACCAAGGGAAAUACAACACUGCAUAUAGCAGCUAGGAAAGGAAGGGCCGAGAUUGUUAAAUUGCUACUAGAGCACAGCAAUACCGACACGAAAGCUGUUAACAGGUCGAAUGAAACUGCAAUCGACACUGCAGAGAAGUUAGGGCAGCCCGAGGUAGUUGCCAUCCUCAGGGAACACGGAGUCCAAAGUGCGAGCACCAUCAGGCCGCAAGUAAAUCCAGCCCGGGAAUUGAAGCAAACCGUGAGUGACAUCAAGCAUGAAGUUCACCACCAGCUGGAACAUACCCGCCAAACUAGAAAACGCGUGCAGGGCAUCGCCAAGCGCCUCAACAAAAUGCACGCAGAAGGCCUCAACAAUGCCAUCAACUCUACCACUGUGGUGGCUGUCCUCAUUGCCACGGUUGCCUUCGCAGCCAUUUUCACUGUCCCCGGCCAGUAUGUCGAUGACCCACAGCAUGUACCUCUCGGGCUCACUCUUGGGGAAGCAAACAUCGCGCCCAAGGCCUCAUUUGUCGUCUUCUUCAUCUUCGAUUCAAUUGCCCUCUUCAUUUCCCUUGCUGUUGUGGUGGUGCAAACCUCAGUUGUGGUGAUUGAGAGCAAGGCAAAGAAGCAGAUGAUGGCAGUAAUAAACAAGCUAAUGUGGAUUGCUUGUGCACUGAUUUCGGUGGCAUUCCUAGCUCUGGCAUUCGUCGUGGUUGGGGAGGAGGAAAAAUGGCUGGCAAUCGGAGUGACAAUCAUGGGAUCAACCAUAAUGGCUGCUACCUUGGGCACAAUGUGUUACUGGGUAAUUAUGCAUCGAAUUGAGGCCUCCAAUUUGAGGAACAUACAGAAGAACUCACACAACAGCAAGGCUCGGUCUUGUAGUGCCUCAGUGAUGUCGGAUACAGAAGUUCUGAACACUGAGUUUAAGAAAAUGUAUGCAAUUUGAAGGCUUCAUACCCAAUACUUUCCUCUUCCUCUUCUACAUAUUAUCUUCAAUGUGCAUAUACUUCUGACGGAUUCAAUGGUAGUUUCUCUUUUCAA